AUGCCUUCACUCAAAGAACUAUUAAAAGAGGCGAAGGCAGAGUUAGCGAGAGCUGACUACGAAGAAGCUGUAAAAAUUUCAAAAGACAUUUUAUUUCAAGAUCCUGAUAAUUAUUUCGCCCACGUCUUCCUAGGGAAGGCUUAUUCAUGCAUACAAGGUGAGUUAUCAAAAUCAAUUGAGCAUUAUACUAUUGCUACAAAGCUAUUACCCGAUAAUGCUUUGGCAUGGAAAGGUCUUUUCAUAGUUUUAGGUAUGCCAGAAGUCAUUCCAAACAUUGUAACUUUUGACUCUUACUUCGACCUUUGUACAAGUUAUGCUCAGGUCUUGAGCAGAAAUGAAUUACCACAAGUGGAAUUGAUACAUGAAAUUAGACUCAUUAAAAAAAAGUUCCCUGAAUCACAUGAAUCUUUCUAUAGACAUAUGAGACCAGGAACUCCAAUGGCUGAAACGUUAGGGAGACAUUUGAUGAAGCCAGUCGAAGCUCUUGAGAACUUGAUUGAUAUUGUCUCUAAAAAAGAACUGAAAGAAAUAUCGCAAGUAGUAAGUCGUGAAAGGUUACAACUAAGAGCAAGUGAUCCUGACUACCAAAUUAAAAUGAAUGAAUUGGCAUGGAAAAUUUAUGAACAUUCCGAGUUAGAUGAACUUUAUAAUCAAUUGAUAAAUAUACUAGAUGAUGACGACAAAAGAUCUAAAUACGAAUCUGCCUCGUUAGAAUAUCGAAUUAAAGUGUUAAAGUCAAUGCCUAAAGAUAUUAAACUUAACUAUUUUGUGAGAGUUAAGAAUAUGGUAGAAGAUAUGGUUUUAGUCAACCAUAAUUCUUUAACAGCUUGGAAGUUAUUUUUCGAAUGGCAAGAUUAUGAAGAUUUGGAUAAAAUGGAUAAAUCAGUUAUUUUGAAAUUUUUUAAAAAAUUCCCAAAAGAACCGCUCGCAAUUAUGUUAUAUGCUUGGAUUUGUUCAAGUUUCUCCAAAUACGACAUUGAUGAAUUUGAUAAUGAUAGUAAGCAAAAAGAAUCUCACCUUGAAGUUGAUGAACAAGACGAAGAUGAACCAAUUGAUGAAACAAUAGAGCAGGACUUGAAAGAAAUGGAGGAAACUGAAGAAGAGACUAUGGGAAUUUUCGAAGAAGAUGUCCUAAUUGCUUUAAAUGAUAAUAUUACUAAAACACAAAAUAGCGCAUUAGCCCAUAGAAUUAUUUCCCAGUAUUACAUUUUUACAAAAGAAUACGAGGAGGCACUCCCAUAUAUCAAACAAGGUAUAUCUUUAGUAGCAUAUAAAAUAAGAGAUUUGGGUUGCCAGCUAUUCAAUACUAAAAGAGAAUUCUCAUUGACGUUAGCUACGUGUUACACCUAUGUCGAUGCACCUCAAUAUCAUAAAGCUGCUCUUACAUUAUUUGAUAAAAUUUUACUCGAAUCACCAGACAAUUCCAGAGCUAAGAUGGGGAAAGGUAUUAUUUUCAUUGAAAGAGAAAAUUGGAAAGAAGCAAAUGAACUCUUAGAACAAGUUAUCAAUCAAUUUCCUAAUAAUUUAGAAGUUGUCUCUGAAUAUGGUUGGACCAAAAGUAAUCUUGGUGAAGUAGAUGAGGGUUUAAAGAUCUUAAACGAUACAUUGCAUAAAAUCGAGGGUAAUGAUUUAAGAACUGCCGAAUUCAGAGCAUUGACUAUGUGGAGAAAAGCUAAAACUUAUAUUUUCAAAGAAAUGCAAUUUCCAUCUUCAUCAAUGGAAUAUAUUAAGGAAUCAUUCAAAAUAUUAGUUCAGCUAAUUAAAUUAUUGGAUACGUUUGCACCAGCUUAUUCCACACUGGGUGACAUUUAUUCCCUCUAUUAUAACGAUAAAUCAAGAGCAUUCAAAUGUUACUAUAAAGCGUUUGACCUGAAUGCGGGAGAUAUCGUUGCCGCCAAAUAUAUCACAGAAAUGUAUACAAAUAAUGCAAAUUGGGAAGCUGCUGUCCAAAUUAGUGAAAGACUCGUUAAAGCAGAAAAAGCGAAGAGAAUUUUACAAUCAACAAGUUGGCCAUACAGAGUUUUAGGUAUUGCUUAUCUGCAAAAUCAACAGGAAAGUAGUUCAAUUGAAUGGUUUCAAUCAGCCAUUCGUGUUGAUCCGAAUGAUAUAGAAUCGUGGGUGGGAUUGGGACAGGCAUACUUAGCAUGUGGUAGGAUAGAAGCAUCUAUGAAAGUUUUCGAAAAGGCAAUGGAAUUAGAUGGCUCACAUCUACAUGCGCAAUACUUCAAAGCCUUAGCCCUCGCUGAUAUGGGGGAAUUUAGCGCAAGUAUUGAUCUUCUAACAAGUGUAACGGAAUUAAACCCUACGGAGGAAUCCUUCCACAUUUCAUUAGCAACCACUUUAGUUAAUUAUGCUUAUGAUUUGUACUUUGAGGGUUAUCUUAUCAAAGGGAUCUCCAUUGUCAUCGAAAGCAUUAAUGUUAUCAAGUAUAUUACAACAGAAUUACAAUGUUUUUCUCAAGUUUUGUGGACCAAUUUAUCUAAGGUACUAAAGUUAUUCAUUUCCGUGGAAUCAAAAAUCGAUUCAUUACCGGUCGAAGCUUUAGUCGAUAUAUUCAGCUCAAAAGACAUGGUAGGAACGAAAGAAGUUGAUGAUAUAGAUCAAACAACUUUGGAUAUACUCCUAUCGAAGUCUGAUUCGGAUAAUAUAUCAAUCGGGUGCCAAUUCUUAAUUUUGGCGGCUAAAUACAGUGUUCCCUCCGACUCAUUAAAAGGAUUAUCAUCCACUAUUCGUUCUGCUAUCUGGUAUAACAUUGGUAUAGCCGAAUUAAAUGCCUUUUUGAUUUUAAAACAAGAUAAAUAUAGGGAUGCCGCAAUUUUCUGCUUUAAAAAUUCUAUAAAAUACCAAUCAAACACAGCAGAAGCAUGGAUUGGACUGGGAAUUUCUACAAUGGACUUAAAUUAUCGUGUAGCACAGCACUGUUUCAUUAAAGCAGUUGCAUUAGACCCAAAAAAUACGGAAAUUUGGUUUAAUCUUGCUAUGUUAGGGUUAAGACAUGACGAUAUAACAUUCGCUAAGGAAGUUUUGAAUAGAUCACAAAGUGUUGCCCCUCAAGAUUCUGUGCCUUGGUUAGGUAUGGCAUUGGUAUCUGAAUUGAAAGGCGAUAAGCAAGAAAGUUCGAGGUUAUUUGCUCAUGCAUUUGUACUAUCAAAUGGUAAGUCAAAAAUGGCACAAAUCCUUUAUGCAAAGAGUGUUUUACAGAAUCAUGUUGGCCAAGGAAAUGAUGAACGAGAUUUAGAAGCCGUAGCGGAAUUAACUGCCGUGAUAAAUGGAUUAGAUCAAUAUUACAAGAAAUCACCAGAUAACGCAUUUGCUAUAGAAUGCGGGUUGUUGGCUCUAGAAAGAUUACAGAAUUACAAGCUAGCUGCGCAAAUGACACAGAAUUUGACAGCUUUACUUGAAAAGAGAUUUGAGAAAAACCAGGAUGACCAAGAACUAUUUAAUUUUGGUAUAGUGAGGGCUCAAUUCGCACGUAUUCAAUUGGGUUUAGGAAAUUUUGAAAGUGCAAUUGAGAACGCUGAAUUAUCACAAGGUAUUAUGGAUGACUUCACUAAUAAAGAUAUAUUAUCAACAAAAAUAUCCAACCAUAUUUCUCUCGGUUUAGCGUUUUUUUUAUGGUACGAUUUUGAUUCAACUUUAGUGCAUUUCCAAGAAUUGCUAAACAUCUCUAAAGAGUCACAAAGUCUUGUUGCUUUAAUCGCUAAAGUCUUAUUUGACGUUGGAACCGAAGAAACUAAAUCUACUGCCAUGCAAGAACUAACUGAUUACAUCUCUGAACAUAGGUCUGAUUUAUUGGUAACUAUAACAAUUGCUGCUAUGACCAUAAUCGACAACAAGAAAGAUGAUUUAAAAAUAAUUCUUCAAGAAUUGAAGAGUCUGGAUCUUCCAGAUAUUGUUAAUGAUAAGCAUAAGGAUACUACAUUAUUAAUUGAAAAAAUUACAGAGAAGGUUUAUAAUGAUGAUAUUGAUGAAGUUUCAAAAAACCGUGCCUGGCAAACUACGGCAUUUUUAUUCCCCAAUGACUACAAAGCCUGGACCGAAAUAGAUAAAACCACUGAAAGAAGAGUAGCAACAAAUUUUGAAAAUAAGUUGUCAGCGGCACAAAUGAGUGAAGUUUAUGCAAAUUCGAAGAACUUGAGAAAUAUUCAAAGAGGGUUAUUUUUAUGUCCCUGGAACACCAAUACCAUUGCUGCGUUCAGCGGUUGCUUUUGA